AUGGAAGCGCCACUCGUUUUUGAAGAUCGACGUCGCAACCUUCAAGGCCAUGAGUUUAAGGCUACAACCAUUUACAUACAUAAGGGAUCCGAAAACCAUACAGAUUUAGAUGAUUAUCAUCAUAAUAAGGUAGACACCAUAUCCAAAGUGUCUUUCUUGAUUUCACAACAUUGGAUUGAGUCUGUAAAUGCGACGAUGGUAAUUGAUGUUGGACGAACAUGGGGAUACCCAAAUCGAGAAACCGACCAAUUAACAGGAAUGUCUGGCCGACUACAGAGAAAAGAAGCUGACAUUGGCGCAACUGUCAUCUUUAUGUUGGUUGAACGUAUGCCCCAUCUUGAAUAUCUUUCGGUGAUGGUACCGUCGGAAUUUGGCUUUAUAUUACGAUCACCGCCCAUUUCGUACAUUUCCAAUAUUUACUAUCUACCAUUCACCGGAGUUGUGUGGAUUUGUUCAAUUACAUUGGUCGCUUUAUGCAUGGCUAUCAUUGCUCUAACGUUAAGAUCACAUUUAAAACCUGACGAAAGUACCGAAAUUAUGACUGUAUUUGAUGGUGUUUUGUUUGCGAUUUCAACGUUGUGUCAAAAGGGGACAAAUAUUUUAACAAAUUUUAUGUCAGCUAGAAUUUCACUGUUUACAUUUUACAUUGCUCUGCUAUUUCUGUACACUUCGUAUACGGCAAAUAUAGUGGCAUUGCUUCAGUCGACAACAAAAUCAAUUCGAACGAUUUCCGACUUACAAAAUCCAGCAAUCGAAGUCGCAGUUGAAGAUACACCAUACAAUCGGCAUUAUUUUAAAACUGAAAACGAACCAACUCGAAAGCUAUUGUACGACACGAAACUCGCUCCACUAGGCGAAUCAGAAGCGUUCAUAAAUAGGUCGUAUGGCGUAAGUCGAUUAAGAAAAGGAAUGUUUGCAUUUCAUGCGGAGGCUCCGCCGAUCUACCGUGAAAAUGAGAAAAACUUUUUUGAACAUGAAAAGUGUGGCCUGGUUAAAAUUAAAUUUUUUGGCAUGUCUGAUACGUGGUGCGUCAUUCAAAAGCAUUCACCAUACAAGGAAAUCCUAAAAGUCAGCAUUUUUAAAAUUCGCGAGCAUGGAAUUCAGUCCAGAGAACGGGCAAGAGUUUAUCCGAAUCGCCCGACAUGUGCCUCAGAUGGGCAAAAUUUCGGCAGCGUUCGAUUAACCGAUUGCUUUCCGGUUCUACUCAUUUUCGUUUAUGGAUUUUUGACUUCAUUUCUACUAUUUUGCAUAGAGACAUUUUUUGGAGCAAAAUUGUUUGUGGAUUGUCCUGCAAAAAUCAAACAAAUCAUAAUACGUAGCAAAACAGAAUAA